AUGAACACGUUUAAUCGUCUUCAUCAAUUAGAACCAUCUCCAAUGAUACAAAAUAUCUUUAUAGUUGGAGGUUGGAAUAAUAAUAAUUUUAUAACAUUAAAAAGUAAAAUUAAUUUUGUAUGCAAUCAAUGCAAUACAAGAAUGGAAGAAAAUAGUAGUUUACCACCUCAUGAAUUCGAUUUAUUUUUAAGUAAAAUUAAAUGGAAUUUAAUUGGUUUUAAUUUACCAGCAAAAAAUUCUGAUGGUACAGAUAAAGAUGAUGAUGAUGAUGAUGAUCCAAAUACUUAUAUAGUUGAUUUUACUCUCGUUUACGAUCGAUCAUCAACUCCUCAUCGUUUUAUUAUUUGGCAAUAUGCCGGUCGAGAGGAGGAAUUGUUUAAUACACGAUCUGAUUCAUUAAUCCAAGCAAUCUAUGAAUUUAAUCCAAUAUCAAAAGACUUUCGAGCAUGCAUAUGCUCAAGUGCUUAUAAAUUACCACAUUUUGAUGAUUUUUUUAAACUAGUAAUAUUGAAUGUUGGAAAUCCAAGAUUCAUUGGUCCAUCAUUUAAUGGUGAUUAUUUUAAAAACAUAUUCAAUAAUUUAUUGUUAAGAGUUGAAGAAGCAUCACUCUUUUGA